AUGAGGGUGGUGGCGAUCGCGAGCCCCGGCGGGCCGGAGGCGCUGCAGGUGCGCGAGGUGGACGACCUCCCGGCGCCGGGGGAGGGCGAGGUGCUCGUCGCGGUGGCCGCCGCCGGCGUCAACCGCGCCGAUACGGUCCAGCGGCAGGGCCGGUACCCGCCGCCGCCGGGCGCCUCCCCCUACCCGGGGCUCGAGUGCUCCGGCACCAUCCUCGCGCUCGGGGCCAACGUCCCCCCGCGCUGGGCCGUCGGCGACCAGGUGUGCGCUCUGCUUACCGGCGGCGGGUACGCGGAGAAGGUGGUGGUGCCGGCGGGGCAGCUGCUCCCGGUGCCGGAGGGGGUGUCGCUGGCCGACGCCGCCGGCUUGCCCGAGGUGGCCUGCACCGUCUGGUCCACCGUCUUCAUGACCAGCCAUCUCUCCCCCGGCGAAUCCUUCCUUAUCCAUGGUGGAUCGAGUGGAAUCGGUACAUUCGCUAUACAGAUUGCGAAGCACCUUGGUGUUAAGGUUUUUGUUACUGCAGGAAGCGAAGAAAAACUAGCUGCCUGCAAAGAUUUGGGAGCUGAUGUAUGUAUAAACUACAAAACCGAAGAUUUUGUAGCACGCAUAAAAGAAGAAACCGAUGGAAAGGGUGUUGAUGUCAUUCUGGACAAUAUCGGUGCAUCUUAUCUCCAGCGCAAUCUGAACAGCUUAGCUGUUGAUGGUAGACUUUUCAUCAUCGGUUUCAUGGGAGGUGUUACAACUGAAGUGAACCUGCAGGCUAUGCUUGCCCGAAGAUUGACCAUACAAGCUGCUGGACUGCGGAACAGAAGCCUCGCUAACAAAGCCCAGAUCGUGAGCGAGGUGGAGAAGAAUGUGUGGCCUGCCGUCGUGUCGGGCAAGGUGAAGCCGGUGAUUUACAAGACAUUCCCGCUAUCUGAAGCAGCUGAAUCUCACAAGCUGAUGGAGACGAGCUCCCACAUUGGCAAGAUACUGUUGAUUCCAUGA